AUGUCAACAUUUAUAGAUAAAUGUGAUAAUAAGGACAAAAUUGACAACGUAAAAUUUGAACCAAUGGAUAUAAAAGAAAUAGCCUCAUCUAUAACUAUAAAGGAACAAGAUAACGAAAAUAAAUUGCAAAUAUUAAAUUUAAUAAUUGAACGAGAAACUGACGAAAAUAAAAUCACACAAUUAUAUAUUGAACGAAUCGCUAUAUUAUUUCAUAUGGAUAAAUGGCACGGUUCUUUUGGUUCGGAAACAAUAGUAUUUAAAAAAACGAUUGCUAGAGAAUUUGAAGGACAAUUAAGUAAAAUGAUCCAUCAACGAUCAAUUCAAUGCUUUAUAGAACAAAGUGAGCAUGAUGGAUCACGUUCAUUACCGGAAUCAUCAGCACCGAGACACAUUAUCAGAACUGCGAUGAAGACUGGAAAUACAUAUGGUUAUGAACUUUUACAAAAUGUUGCAUAA